AUGCCUUACCAGUGGUUCCAGUACGUUUUGACACAACAGUCAGAUGAUAGUUACAUGAGGCUUCUUGGCCUUUCACUUCUAUAUUGCAAGUCCCUGCAUUACAUCUCCGUUCGCACCUGGUUCGACUAUGCUUAUUCUUUUUUUCGAUCCAGAAACUCCGACAGAAAGGAGAGUCUCGUCAUCAAGCCCCAGGGGAAGAUCCAGACAGUGUUCAAGAGUGAUAGCUUCUUCGUCUCCUGCUCCAGCGACGCCGACAACGUCCAGAGGGUCAUGUGGACUGGACCUGAAGGGCAGCAGAUCACCGACUACCGGGGCAGCGUGCCAUAUAACGAGAUUCCAAGGAUCCACGUUGAGGAUGGAAGGUCAGGUCACAAAGGCGUUGACCUCAUAUUCUCAAACAUCAGUAGGACGGAUCGUGGAAAAUACACCUGUUCUGCUAACGUUGACGGUGUUGAGCAAGAACGCUCGUUUGACCUGGUCGUUCUGAAACACCUCGACUUCAUGGACACGCCCGCCACCCAGUUCCUCGAGGAAGACCACGACUCCGUUCUGCGCUGCGACGUCGACGGCGACCCCGCUCCGAGGGUGUCCUGGCAUAUCAACAACAGGAAAGUUAAUUUUGGCAAGAAGUACGAGAAAGGAACCGAGCACCCAAAUGACCUUAUUGUCCGCAACGCCACCCUGGAAGACGCAGGCCAGUACAAGUGCGUGGCUUUGCAGCUCUCCAACUACACCUCCGAGGUCAAGGAAUUGGUGAUUGAGGUCAAAGUUCACCACAAACCCCAAUGGAGCGACAGCGAACUCAAGGCCCAAGCGUACGGCUACGUGACGGGCGACGUGAACCUGACGUGCGAGGCCGUGGCUGAACCCCACGCGAACUUCACCUGGAUCAAGGACAACCAAGUGAUUGAGCCCAACGAGACGGUUCAGAUCAUCAACGAGGACCAUAAGAGCGUCCUGAGGCUGAAGGUGACUGACGUGGAUAUGUUUGGCGACUACGUUUGCAAAGCUGAGAACAAGCUGGGGACUCUUGAAAGGGUCAUUAUCCUCGAGGAAGGGAAGAAACCAGCUGUUCCCAGUGCCAAGGUAACCGAAACAGAGGUCAACGCUAUCCACCUGAAGCUCGACGCUCACAAUCACCCUGACAUGCCCAUCCUCGCCUUCCGCGUCGAGUACAAGACAGCUGGGGACAACUGGAUCAACGCUCAGUCCAUGGAGUUCAAGAAAGGCGAGCCCUACGUCAUCAACAGCCUGGCCGGAGACACUCUCUACGUCCUCCGAGCUUCUGCCAAGAACGCUGCCGGUUAUUCUGACUUCUCCUCCGACUUCAUGGAAAGAACCAAGAAGAUUCACGAGUCCCAGAGUCAGAUCUCGGCCGCGAAUAGCCUCUCCGCCGCUGCCCAGGCUCUGGUCCCUCUCGUGUUCCUCUUGGCUUCUCUCUUGUGAGCGAUUCCGUCCUCGUCCGGCGGAGAUGAUGCGUUGUAAACCUCUCUGUUCUUUUUUUUUUAAUGCAUUUUUUUGGGGUAUGGCAACAGUGGCGUGAGAUUUUGAUUCAUGGAAGAUGAUGAAGAAGAAAGAAAGAAAGAAAAAAAGUCUUGUGGAAAUUAAUUUGUUUGUUUUUUCUGUUAGACUAGUUCCAUGACAUAACACGAUCAUUAAUCUUAUUUUCUCUAGAAUUACGUUUUCGUUGAUUAUUUCUCUCAUUAAGGAAAUGAGAACCGAUAUUUUCUAUAGCAUUUUAGCCAAUACAUUUUUUUUUUCUCAGAGGUAAGAUAGAGAAACAAUAUUCAAACAUGAAACGCCAAGUCACACUCAAUUAAUAUUUUGACUAAAUAAUGUAUCACAUGUACACAUUUAGUAAAAAAAAUAUAUAUAGAUUAGAUCCAAAAUAUGUUUAUACACUCGAAACGCUCACAAAAAAAAUAUUAAUAUAGUUACUAAAAUAAUAGACGAAAUUACCUGCCCCCCCCUCCCCCCCAUGCCUACCCUUCCCUCAAAAAAGACCCCCCCCCCCUUCAUAAAAAAAAACUAAAUAAAAGAAUAAAUAAAGGUAGAGAAAACUUACAUAAUUAUUCAGCAUCACCUUGUUGUUUGUGUAAAAUAUCUGUCAUUUUGUAGCUGUUCUGUAGUUAUGCAUCUUUCAUAGAACGUAUUUCUAAAAGGUAUUCAGUGAGUCAGUUGACUGAUAUUUGUACUAACAUUCCACAUGUUAGAUGAAGUAGAUAUUGAUAUAUCUGUCGAUACAACUGGAGAUUAAAAAAAAAAAAAAAAAAAAAAAAAAAAAUGAUGAAAUUUGAUCAAAAUGUCUCAUGUUCAGUAUUAAUAACGUUUUGCUUGUUUUCCUUGUUUUGUUUGUGUAAUGGCAUACACUUGUUGUAUAAGAUAAUUGUUUUUUAAAUGCGAAAGAAAAAAAGACAAACAAACAAACAAACAUGGCACCUCUUGAGAACAAAACCCUGAGUUUCUGAAUUUUCGCGGGAUGAAAAAAAAAACGCCAAAAAUAUUUCGCGGGAAGAAAAAAAUAGUUUUCUUCUUCUUUUUCUUAAAUCGCCAAAAAAAAUCAAAGCCAUCGUUUCGUGGGCGUUUUCCGGUCUCCUGUUUGUAGUCUUACUUAAAGAAAAAACUGAGCCUGAACUUUAGAUGACCAGAAAUCCCCCAAGAACGAGAAGGACAUUUUGAUUUGAUUUUUGGCCGACCUGAUUCCACAAAAAAAGGAAAAGAAAUUUGUGAAAGGAAAGGGAAAUUUUCACGCGAAAGAAGGGGGGCAUGGAUUGCUUCAUGCUAAAUAUAGUUGGUUCAUGAAGAUGUUUCAUGAGAUAUUUUCUUUUAUUCAAAAGUUCAUUGUAUCUUGUAAUACCAUGUUAGUGAAAUGUUGUGCUUACUGAGAUGAUGAAGAAAAAAAAAAAAAAAAAAAAAAACAUGAUUUCUUCUCUUCGUAUUUUGCAAUGUGACUCUUGCUUGGGAGUUCAGUCUUCUUUCUCUCUCUCUCCUUCUCUUUCUCGUCUCUUUCAUUCGUCUUUCUCAUUCUGUCUUCUCUUUCUCAUUCUGUCUUCUCUUUCUCUUUCUCUUUCUCGUCUCUUUCUGUCGUCUCUUUC